AUGAUCGCUGCAGGAAGCCGGAAGCUGACAUUUCAGACCGCUGGUGUCACUUUACUGGAAUCUGCAGCCUCUCGGGAAAAAAUGGUCUGGGAAAAGGAUCAUCAGCCCCAGGGUCGAGCGCAAAAAGAAAAGAAGCUAGGUUGUGUAUUCUCCGUCACUCGAUUGGCCAAUAAAGCCGAGCUUUACAGGAAAGAUCUUGAUGCAUUUGCAGGUAUGGAGCACAACUGCGGCGAUGGUGCCCAGGAGGUGCUCGAAGUGGCGGGUGUGACGGCUCCGUCCAACGAUUUAUACAUCAACCUCCGUGCUGCUCGUGAUUGGGAUGUCCGACAGGAUGGCGGUGUACGACUUGGUGUGAGCGAGUCUCCAAAGACUCCGAUUGCUCUGCAGCAAGUUUCCAAGAACUAUUAA